UGGUGCGAUCACGGCUCAAAGCCUCAAACGACUAGGCUCAAGCCGUCCUACCUCAGCCUCACGGGUAGCUGGGACUACAGGUGUGAAAAUCACAAAUGUCGUCAAGUGACGGAAGAUCCAGGUAUCAGGACAGGCGCUGUGAUGAGGUCCCCCGCGACUCGGCCCAUCCGGACGGCACUUUAGGAACCCUCCCGACGCCUCAGGACCGUGAGCUGGCCGUGAGCUCUGAUCCCCUGCCACCACCCCCUCUCCCAUUACAGCCACCAUUCGGCCCAGACUUCUACUCAAGUGACACCGAGGAACCAGCUGUCGCCCCAGAUCUCAAACCGGUGAGGCGCUUCGUCCCCGACUCCUGGAGAAACUUCUUCAGGGGGAAGAGGAAGGACCCAGGAUGGGAUAAGCCAGCGUCUCAUCUCAGAUACAUCUCUGACGGAGUGGAGUGUUCGCCUCCAGCCUCACCAGCAAGGCCCAACCACCGCUGGCCCGGCAGCUCCUGCCAGGAUGCUCAGGGCGGGUCCGAGGGAACCUGGGAUUCCCAGAAGGAGGCGGAUGCCAUGUUUCCCCAGGAGGCCUACGGCUCUCUAGGCGGCCACUCGCAGCCGGCGCGCACCUACAGCGAGAAGGUGGAGGAGUACCACCUGCGGUAUUCAUACAUGAAGUCGUGGGCCGGCCUGCUGAGGAUCCUGGGGGUGGCGGAGCUGCUCUUGGGCGCCGGCGUCUUCGCCUGUGUCACGGCCUACAUUCACAAGGACAGCGAGUGGUACAACUUGUUCGGCUACUCGCAGCCCUAUGGCAUGGGAGGCGUCGGUGGCCUGGGCAGCAUGUACGGGGGCUACUAUUACAGCGGCCCCAAGACCCCUUUCGUGCUGGUGGUCGCUGGCUUGGCUUGGGUCGCCACCAUUAUCGUUCUGGUCCUUGGCAUGUCCAUGUAUUACCGGACCAUUCUUCUGGACUCCAGUUGGUGGCCUCUCACGGAGUUUGGCAUUAACGUCGCCCUGUUUGUCUUGUAUAUGGCCGCAGCCAUAGUCUAUGUGAAUGACACCAACCGGGGCGGCCUCUGCUACUAUCCGUUAUUUAACACUCCGGUGAACGCGGUGUUCUGCCGGGUGGAAGGAGGACAGAUAGCCGCGAUGAUCUUCCUGUUUGUCACCAUGAUGGUUUAUCUCAUCAGCGCUUUGGUUUGUCUUAAGUUAUGGAGGCACGAGGCUGCGCGGAGACAUAGAGAAUAUAUGGAACAGCAGGAGAUACAGGAGUCUUCCUUGUCAUCCAAAAGGAAAAUGUGUGAAAUGGCCACCAGCUGUGACAGACAAAGAGCCCCCGAAGUGAAUUUCAAGGAAUUGAGAGCAGCGAAAAUGAAGCCUGAACUGCUGAGUGGACACAUUCCCCCAGGCCACAUCCCUAAACCCAUCGUGAUGCCCGACUAUGUGGCGAAAUACCCUGUGAUUCAGACAGAUGAUGAACGCGAACGCUACAAAGCCGUGUUCCAAGACCAGUUCUCAGAGUACAAAGAGCUGUCGGCAGAGGUGCAGGCUGUCUUGAGGAAGCUUGAUGAGCUGGACGCAGUGAUGAGCCGACUGCCACACCACUCGGAGAACCGCCAGGAACAUGAGAGAAUUUCAAGAAUUCACGAAGAGUUUAAGAAAAAAAAGAAUGACCCUACAUUUCUGGAAAAAAAAGAACGCUGUGAUUACCUAAAGAAUAAACUUUCUCACAUAAAGCAAAGAAUUCAAGAAUAUGAUAAAGUAAUGAACUGGGAUGUACAAGGUUAUUCUUAA